AUGGCGAACCUCCUCGGUAGGAUCAUCCAAUCCCUUGACGAUAUCAUCGAGGGCAACUUGUUCUUGCCGGAUAUUCAUCGUAUCCAUUGCGACCCGACUAUCCUGGAGCUGCUGAACAUCAUCAAGCACAGGGGUGAGGAAACUAUGCUGAAGGCCCAUGCGGUCGACUAUCCCACCUCAACUGCAGGUUUCACGUACGUUCACUAG